AAAUGGCUAUUAUAUAAUUAAAAUGUGGAAAUAGACCUAAACUCUAUAUACAAAUAAAACCUUCAAAUUAAGAAGAAGAAGAAGAAGCUCAUCAACAAUGGCAGCUAAUAGUUUUCAGCAACAGAAGCAGAGCCAUGGAAACAAGGUUGUCCCAAAACAACAAUGUUCAUCUAGAAGAACACCUUCAUUCUCCUCAUCAUCUUCAUCCUCCGUUGAAUCUUCAUCAUUCUACUACUUCCAUGACGACCACAACAAGAUUCUCCUCAGCCCUGCUUCUCCUCUUAGAUUCUCCGGCGGCGUUCCGUUCUCCUGGGAGCAUCUUCCCGGCAUCCCGAAGAAGCAGAGUUCAAAGAGAAUCCCCUCAUCACCUUCGUCAAUGAAGCUGCUUCCAUUGAUGCCACCGCCAACCAAGCACGGUAGCCAUGAUCAAGAAGCUUCUAGAAUUCGAAAGAAGAACUCCAGCUUCCAGAAAGAUCCAUUCUUAGCAGCACUUGUAGAGUGUUCGAAAGAAGAUCAAGAUGAAGAAACAAGAACAAGAAACAGGAAUCUGUGGAGUGGACCAAAGGUUUCAAGGAGUAUCAGUGAUCGUUUCGGAUUCACAGACAUUUAUGGUUCUUGUAAGAGAACUUGUGCUGUUUCUGAAUCCAUUGUUUACCUUCCAAGCUCUUCAUCUUCUUCGUCUUCUUCUUCAAGCCGCCGCAGAACUCUCUGAUUCUGCAUUCCCUUCUUAAUAAUUGUAAGAAAAAAUUAAACUUUGUUUCAUCUUUGUUACUACUAAUUAAUUAGUUUCUUAUUACAAUGUGGUAUGUCUUUGGAAAACUAAGUUAUUGUAAUAAUUUGUUAAUACAAAAUCAUAAGUAUAGGAACCAGUGUUUGCUUGGCAUCUUC